UGACGGGUCCCUUUCUUUAUAUAUGGCCAAAUCGAGGUAAGUAUGGAAUGUACUUCUGACUACGACUAACCUUCCAACAAAGACGAUCUCUAAUCCACAUCUCUCUACCCUUUUCAUGACUUGCAUACAAAGCGUUAUUCAGGGAUUUUCUUCAUCCUGAAACGAACCUGCACGCCACAAUGCCAUACUUGUCAAUUUCUAGAAAGCUUCGAAGGAUUUUAUUUUCCUUUCUUUUCUUUCCUUUCUUUUUUUUUUACUUCCCUGAUGAUCAGCAGGGGCACCAGUGUCACAGUCGAAUUCGACCGCAGGAGUCACUGCCAAGAGUAAGGGAAAGACAAGAAUCGUCAUCGUGUGCUUCACAGACCGACUUUAUCGUCAGAAGUGUUAUGGAUCAUGCAACGGUUUGAUAGUAGUCUCCAUGGGAUGCUCCAUCAGAGCCGAAUUGAG